UAUAUAUUUUAAUAAAAAGGAUGAAAGCAAAUAACAUAAAAACAGAAGCUUAAUAUGGAAGAGCUAAUUAUUAUUACUCAGAUGGAACAGGGCGUGAUACUUACAUACAAUUUGAUAACGGAGGAUUGACUAUGCAUGCAUAGAAAUGUCAUUAACCACCAAUAGGCAGUUUCUAGCCCAAACGCAGUGGCCCAAUCUUUAGACCACAAUCAAGCAAUAAGACCCUACAUUAUGUCAGUGAUGGAAGUGGGAGAGACAAAUAUGUUUUAGAUAACCAUGGUGGUUUGAUGAAUACUUGUGGAGAUAGACAUUGGUUAGUUUCAUUUAAAUAGGGAUUAAGAACACCUGAAAGAGCAAGGUAGUGAUGGUUUGAAAAUUAUAGACCUCGUUCUGGUGUACAGACUCCAUCAUAUUCUUAUCAAUAGAGAAUAAGUAAACGUCUUUCUGUUCCCAAAUAUACUAAGAUUCCAUUUUUAAAACAAUUAAAAAGUGAGGAGAUGAUAUGAAUAAUACAAAAUAUAUUAUUUUAACCGAAUU